AUGGCGGCAGCUGACAUUGCUCCCCAGUUUGGAGCAGAGUUAAAGGAUAACUUCAAACCUGUCAACGCUUGGGUAUCGAACGGCAUAUCGUGGCUAGACGAGAUCCAGCAAUUUUAUCGCGAGCGGAGCGCCAUCGAAAAGGAGUAUGCGGCGAAACUGACGGCACUCUGCAAGAAGUACCAGGAUCGCAAAUCCAAGAAAAUCAGCUCUUUGAGUGUCGGCGAUACUCCCAGCUUGACCCCCGGAUCCCUCGAAAGUGCUUCAUUGACGACGUGGACAACUCAAUUGAACGCCGUCGAAUCCCAUGCUGCCGAGCGAGACAAAUUUGCGACGGAGUUGAUCGGACAUGUGGCGGAACCACUGAAACAUGCCGCUGCUCAAUUCGAGGAGAUUCGCAAGUCCCAUGCUGACUAUCACACCAAGUUGGAGAAAGAGCGCGAUGCGUCCUAUGGCGAGUUGAAGAAGGCCAAGGGUAAAUAUGACGGCGCUUGUCAGGAGGUUGAAUCUCGGCGCAAGAAAACAGAAUCGUCAUUCGACCAUGGCAAAGCCAAGGCUCAGUCAGCGUAUCAACAACAAAUUCUGGAGAUGAACAACUACAAGAACCUCUAUCUUAUUAGCAUUAACGUCACGAAUAAGCUGAAGGAGAAAUUCUUCCAUGAAUAUGUCCCCGAGGUCUUGGAUGGAUUGCAAGACCUCAACCAGACAAAGGUUAAAAGACUCAAUGAAUUGUGGUCCCUUGCUGCGCAACUCGAAAAGUCUUCCUUAACAAGCUGCCUCAAUCAUUCCACCAACCUUCUGGGCGAGAUCCCUCGCAAUGAUCCUCGCCUUGACUCUAUGAUGUUCCUCCAGCAUAACGUCACUCAAACGCAGGAGCCUGCAAACAUGGGCUUUGAGCCCAGUCCGGUGUGGCAUGACGACGCAUCCAUCAUUACAGAUGAAGCAGCCAAGGUCUUCUUGCGUAAUGUUCUUGGAAAGAGUAAGGCCCAGGUACGCGAGUUGCGGGUAGAGGCGGAUAAGAAGAGACGAGAGGUAGAGAACGGCAAAAAGACACGCGAGAACAUUCAGCAAGGCAAGGACAAGCGCAGUGAGGUUGAGGUCGUGCGAGGCAUUUUCUAUCUACAGGAAGCUCUGCAUGAGGUGGAACGUAAGUGGGUGACUGCGGAAGUGGAAACAUCUACUAUCAUAUCCGUCGCCGGAGACUUGUCUCAAGGAGCCCAAAACCACAACUUCCGAUCGCAAACCUUCAAGAUCCCCACCAACUGUGAUCUCUGCGGUGAACGAAUCUGGGGUCUUUCUGCCAAGGGCUUCGAUUGUCGGGACUGUGGCUAUACCUGCCACAGCAAGUGUCAGAUGAAGGUACCAGCGCAGUGUCCUGGUGAGCAGUCAAAGGAAGACAGGAAGAAGCUCAAGGUUCAGCGACAGGAGCAAGCUGGGGCCAUGCCUGCUGCUGAUGGUGAUUCAGCUACAGCAUCAAGCGCCGCGCCAUCUCUCACUCGCCAAAACACCAUGAACUCACUCAGCUCGGGAUACGCUGCCAGCACUGCACGCUCCGUCUCAGUCACCAACGUUACGACCCAAGCUACUCCCGAAAGCCCCGCCGAUGCUGCACCGUCCCCCGUGGCUACCACUAAUCCUGCUGCCGCCAAACGACACAGGGUGUUGGCUCCACCUCCAACUGUAUACAUGAGCCCCCCGCCUGUCACCGAGUCCACGUUGGGUUCGAGAUCUCAAGGCCCGCGGGGCAAGAUGAUGUACGCAUUCCAAGCGACUGGAGCCGAUGAUGUGACAGUUCAGGAAGGGGAUGAUGUUGCCAUUGUUGAGCCCGAUGACGGAUCUGGCUGGAUGCGUGUCCGCGUGGGCUCGCAAGAGGGUCUUGUUCCAUCCUCAUACGUCGAAGCCGCGCCAACGCCGUCGCCUGUGCCAUCGGCAAGCCCCGGCUUGACCGACCGGCCGGGUUCUAUUUACUCGAACUCCUCGGCCUCACUAGCAGGUAGCGCGGCGCCCAAGCGCGUGGGCCCGGCAGUGGCGCCCCGCCGUGGCGCCAAGAAACUGCAAUAUGUUGAAGCCUUGUACGACUAUGAGGCGCGCAGUGAUGUGGAGUGGUCGAUGUCGGAGGGUGAUCGGUUUGUUCUGGUGACUCGUGAUAGCGGUGAUGGGUGGGCCGACGUGGAAAAAGGUGGCGUUACCAAGAGCGUCCCUGCAAACUACAUCCAGGAGGUGUAG